AUGGAACACAAUAUUUUAAAAGAAGACAUAUUUACAAUUAAGCAGCCGAAUAUAAUGAACAAAGAAAGUAUAAUCGAGAGAAAUUAUUCAGAAGAUGAUCAGAACACAUCGUGUUAUGUUAGCCAUACAUCCCUUAGUGAUGAUGAUUAUUUAGACCUAGAAUAUGAACAUGUUCAUAAUAAAUCAAACAUAUUUCGGAAUACAAAUUCGAAAAACAUGCGUAACGCAUACGAAAGAAUAAAAUAUAACAGAAACGAUAGUUCUCUUCGUACAUGUUGGAAUAGAGAUUUUUAUUGUUAUAAGGAAAAGGAUAAUUAUAUGAUACCUGAUAUAGUCCUUGUCAGUUCGAGGAAUAUGAAAAGAAAAUUCAUUAAUAUGUUAAAUGUACACAAUAUUAAAAAUGGCAAGAGUACAACUAAUAAGACAAAAUUUUAUGAACCUAUAAUUACAAAACGUAUUAACGAAAGGAGGGAAAAAAAAGAGAAAUGUAUACCAUCUACCAUGAUUGAUGGGAGUAAACUGCUACAGACAGGCACCAUUCCAGAUAACUGGAAAUGUUCUGAUAGAAACACAUUAUAUGAGGAAUGCGUGUCCUCAAGUUUACCUUCGAAUAAUGAUGAUUAUAAUGAAGGUUGCGACAAGGAGGAUGAUGACCGGAAUGUUAAAAAGAAUAACACGCACGGAAAUUUAGGGUGGAAUUUUCAAGACGAUUUUUAUGACAAUGAUUAUGACAAUGAUUGUGGCAAUAAUUAUGAUAAUACCUAUGACAGUAAUUAUGACAAUUUUCAUGACGAUUGCCAGGAUCAUUUACAGGGAAAGAAAGAAAUCAUAAAUCAGGGAAAUGGUGUUAAUAAAAAUGCAAAGAACAUCAAUGUAUCUUGGAAUAGCAAGCAUCGUUACAUUAAAGGUCAAACAAACAACCAAGGAAUGAAAAUAUCAGAAGUUGGCUCCCCUUCCAAUUUGAUAAAUAAUGUUAACAGAAAGUUUAAAGAAAAUUUCAUAAGUAGUAAUAAUGAGGAAAUAAGGAAUAAAGAUAUUGUUUUGAUGAAUACUUUAAAUGAAGGUUCAUGCAAAACAUACCAAAGUUUAAAAAAUGAAAAUUAUAAUGACUUUAGAAAUAUUGCAAACAAUAUUUACAAUAGUGGUGAAUAUGAUUGUUACAGAGGAAUGAUACCUUCUCCAGAUACCAACCACGAGGAUGAUUUUGUGAAUUCCAGUACCUGUAGUGAAUCGAAAAAUGAUGACGCUAGUGUGACGUAUGACGAUGUUGUCGUCACUAUCGUUUCUACGGCUUCCACUGCUUCUACCGCUUCUAUCGCUUCUACUGAUGAUGUCAUUGCUGUUUCUACUGAUAAUGUUACUUCCGACUCUACUGCUUUUACCGAUGAGGAUAUUGCUGUUUCUACUGAUGAUGUUACUUCCGAUUCUACUGAUUGUAUUUCUUCUGCUUCUACUGCUGAGGCAUUUUUUGUUCAUAAUAAUUUGCCCAACAAUGAGGACGAAUUAAUUGAGGAGUUGUGUCCAAAUUCGAUUGCAAACAUGUUGAGAAAUAGCGAAAAGGAUAUUGAUUCCACUUCUACAUAUGCAGAUAAUCAUUAUAAUAUUAGUGUAAAUGGAAUUUCUGAUACUAUUCAUGCGAAGUCGUUGAACAAGAGUAAAAAAGGAGAAACUCAAGAAUACAAUGCCCAAAAUGGAAAGAGGGAGGAAAAUUCAGAAAUUUCUUUACUUCUAAAUUCCAUUCCAUGUGAGCCUAAUGUCCGCAUGAAUCACGACUUAAGUAAUAGUAAAGAAAUGACUAAUGUGCAUUUUUGUAAGAUUAGAGAAGCAGAGACUCUGAAGAAAAUCGGAAUGAUUAAAUGUAAUUUAUCAACAAUGAUGAAUAGAACAAAUGUUAGCUAUGUUUUUCUAUGUGAACAAUCAAGUGAGAGUUCCAACUCUAAGGAGAAAGCUGAAUAUAAUCCAGAAUAUCAUAAAAAGAUGGAUAUUUAUAGUGAUCCCCAACAUUUGAAGAACAAAAAAUUUCAGGAAAUUUUUGUAAAAAAAGAAAUCUCAAUUAAUGAGGAUGAUAAUGAUAAGAUUAAGAGUGAGGAAAAAAAAGUACCAAAAAUUGACACAACGUGUGAUACCAGUUUUGUUAUAUUGAAAGAUGAUGACAAAUCAGAAAUGGAAAAUUUUCACAAUGUUCAGCGAUAUAAUAUUUCCUUAUUGAAAUGGAGUAUCAGCAAAGUUGAUGAAUUGGUUGAGGCUGAUUCUUGUGUUAAUUCUGAUCAGAACAUUCAGAUAAUAUAUCAAGUUAUAGAACAGGAAGAUAGAAAAUUAUAUCUUCUAAACGAUGAUCUGAAAAGAGAAAAUGAAAAAAACUCCUUGGAACACCGUUCCAAAAGAGAAGCAAAAUGCAUGUUUGACAAAAACGAGAAUAAUGAAAAACCAGAACCACGUAGUGAAAAAAGUAGUAAAGAUUUGAAUAUGAGUAAAAGAAGAAAUAAUAUUUCUGUUAUAACACACAACUGUGGUCAUGUCCAUGGGAUGAACAACUGUGACAAAACAUUUUUGCUGAAGAUAAUAUUAGAGCGCUCAAAAAGAAAAAGCACGAGAUUAGUCGGAAUAAAGGAUAAAAUAAGGGAAAAUUUUAUGAACAAUCAGAAAAAACUGUUUGGCUUCUAUUUGCAAAAUAACCGCGUAAAUAUUUGUUUAAAAAGUAAAGUGGAAAUAGAAUUAUCAAUUUUCUCAUUUUUUUGCUACGAGCGUUUUAUGAAACAAAUGAACUCGAGGUCAGAAAUGGAAAAAAUUUUGUGCAAACUCCAAAAUAGGGGAAAUAAUGAUUUAAAAAAAAUAAAUUUAUGUAUUUCUAAUUUUUUCGACAAGCUAGAAGAAACAAAAAAAAAAUUUGAAAUGAAUGAUGAGCAAGCUGUACAAAUGAUGGACGAAAUCGGAAAACAUCAUUUUUGGAAGUCAGAAAAAAAUAUGUGUAAAAUUUUCUUAAGCAUUUUUAACCCUCCCCCCAGUCCGCAUUUUCUUAGUGAUGAUAGAAGAGGCGAAUCAAACGAGGGGAUUGUACAUAAUGACAGGAACAAAAAUAGUGGAAUAAAUGACGGAAUAAAUGAUAGCAAACGUGAGAACAAAAAUAAUCAUAACAAGACUGAUAAAAGUUUUUUUAGCAAAUUUUUUAAAAAUAAUUUUGAAAAAUUUACCAAGAGGAGUAAAAAUGACAAAGAAAAAAAUAAAAAUAUUUCAAAUAAUGAUAACCUAAUUUUAUUUGAUGAUAUAUAUAAAAUAGAAGUACAAAAUUUUUGUAACUUUAUAAAGAACCAUAAACAAAUCACAAACGAGAAGAAAAAGAAGAGGAAAAAAAAAAAAAAUUUUUUUUUAAAUGAUAAUGAGGGAAGGGAAAAAAAUGACAUAUGCUUGUUGACAAAGUGUAAACAGAUUUUAAACCCAAGAUAUAAAAAAGUCAUCAAGUGUAUAUACAAAUUAAAGCAUUCUAGUAAGCUUUUGCGAAACGUGGGUGCAUGCCAUUACUCUUAUUUCCUUUUGGGAAUGACUCCCAAGUACUUCGAUGAACGUAAAGCAAAAAUUGUGUGUAAGGGGAAAAAAACAGAAUUUACCAUAAGAAGGAAAAAAAAAAACGUAAGGAAACAGGUGAAGCACAUCAUGAAGGAUACCAGAGGUGACACCAAAAGUGAUAUCAGAAGUGAUACCAGAAGUGACAUCGUGAGCAAUUGGGCCAAAAAAAAAUCCACUUGCAGAAAUAAGAAACUUCAGGAGACUGAGAUAUGUCAAUGUUGUGAAAAAAGUGUCUCUAAGUUACCACAUAUGCAUAAAAAUGUGAUGAACGGAAGUAAAAAGGAGACUAACGCAAAUGGUCUAUAUGGCAUACUAGGAAGCAAAAGGAAGUUUAACUGUGAACAAGUGGAAGACGCUCAAGAAAUGGAAGGAUUGGAAAAGAAGCAAAACAUAUGGGAGAGCUAUACGGAGAAGCCCCCUACAUGUUUUGCUUCUUCCUGCGCUGGGCCUCGAGAAGCCUCCCAGGAAGAACCCAGAGAAAAUGGUAAAGAUAGUAAUCACAAUAAUAAGUCAGAUAAAGGAUCUAACAAAAAUAACAGAAAGGGUAAUAUCCCCAAUGGAAACGAUCAUAAUGAUAGAAAAGGCAAAUUUCCAAUGAGGCAAAGUGGUGGAAAUGAUCGCACGGAUGAUGAGAAUAGUGACCAUGAUGAGGAGGAAGAUGAAGAGGAUGAAGAGGAGGAGGAGGAGGAGGAAGAAGAAGAGGAGGAAGAAGAGAAGGAAGAGGUGGAAGAGAUAGAAGAAGAGGACGAGAUGGAAGAGAAAGGGAGAAAAGAGGAAGAGGUUGAUAAUGAAAACAGGUAUGAAGAGCAUGGUAGGGACGGCUGCAGAAGUAACGACCAAAGUGAACUGAAGAAUUUUCAAGCACGAGAAGAUCACAUGAGCAAUCGAAAUGAAAGUAGGAAAAAGAACAACAUGGUAGUAAACCACAACAUCGAAAGUGAUGAAUUCUCAGAUAUAACAAAUGAAAAUAUUCUGGAAGAUUUUAUAAAUGAUAUUAAAAAUGUAAAUUGUAGCCACAAUCAGAAUAAAAUAAAUCAGUGGGUAAAGAAAAAAAAAUUAAGAUGUGUUCUUCGUUUACCAAGCAUAAUAACGCAGAAAGUUAUUCCUCCACUUAUUGUACCAUUAAAUAAACGAUGUACAAAUUUAUUUCAUGAAUUAAGGAAUAAUGAUUUUAUCAACAUUGAGAAUAUUGAUUAUUAUAAAUUGUUAAUGAUGAAAAAAGCCAUUUCUGAUUUUCGAACAAGCAAUAAAUGCUGUAUGAACAUGUCAGAUGAGGGAAGAGGAGGUCUACAUGAUACUUGUGGAUAUACUAGCAGAUAUUUCAACAGUGAUCAUAGUAGUAGGAGUAGCAGCAAUCAUAGCAACCACGAUUGUGGAAAUUUUCCUGACAGCAAUCAGGGAAAUGUACAAGGGAAUACAAACAAAGGAAUAAUGAACAUUAGUCAUAAGAAGAAUAAUGAAAUGAUCGAACUGUAUAUUCCAAACUUCUGGAGAAGUAUAAAAAGUGUUAACGAAAUUAAGUCUGUUACGACAGGAAAUUCUGAUGAUUUUUAUUUCAAACUUUUAGUUCAUCCUAGAGGAAAUUCAAAUGACGAUAAUUAUUUGUCCGUAUAUUUAGAAGUGAUUAAACAAGACUUUUAUCCAGCUGAAUGGGUAUUUCCAAAUGUGCGAUUUCAGCUGACUGUUCAUAAUUUUAAAUCGAAAAAAAAUUCCAUUUCUUCAUGGGCUUAUUGGUCUUUUACAAACAAUUCUUUAUCAAGAGGAUGGCAGAAAAUGAUAAAUCACUCAAAAAUAAAUAAAUCCACAGGAUUUUUAGAUGAAACAGGUGGAUUAUUAAUUAAGGGAAAGGCAGAGAGAUCUUUUAAAGAACUGUGGUCAAAAUGUAUUCAUCAUAUGCCCAAGCAUAUUUGGAGUUAUAUCCCUGAGAAAAUAUAUGAAAGUUUUGAACAUAAUGAUAUGCUAUUUCAAUUUUUAUUUCAAAAGUCAUAUUUCAAGAAAUGUCAAUAUAUGAGUGAGAAAAGUGGUCGUCAUGGAAAUAGAAGCAGUAAUAAUAAUAACAAUCGAGAUGAGAGUAACAGUAAUAUAACUCUAGGAAAUAAUAGUACACAUGGAAAUAUCCAUUUUAAUGAUGGAAAAAGUAGAUGCACUAACCAAGCUGUAAGGGAAAUGUUAGCACAUGCCAAAAAUUAUAUGUUUAACAGACAUGCAAUUGAUAUAUAUAAUUAUUCCCUCUUUUGGUCUCCACAAUUUGUGAAAAAUUACCUUAACAGUUCAGAAAAUUCAGAAAAAUGGAAAAAUUCCUUUUACGAAAGUGUAAGGAAGAUUAUUCGAAAUGAUUACGGGGAAUUUCCAAAUAGUUGUAAUGAUGUAUUACACGAAAGAGAAAAAGAGGAUGAUCGAAGUGACAACAGAAUAGAAAGGUUAAAAGCAGAAAACAAAAACGCUUUGAGUCUUAUCAAAUCAGUUUAUAAUAACAUGCAUGUUUAUGAAGAUCUGGUAAAACAGAAUAAUUUAAAUGAAUUAAGAAAUCUUACAACAGAGGAAACAGAACAAAAUGAAAAAACAACGAAAGAGGAUCUAUCCGUAGAUAAUAGGAAAUAUAUUUUAUCACUAACGAAUUACAUUGUACCAGUGGUGGAAUCAUAUAAUGAUAAUGAUAAUUUAUCUAUUUUGGUAAAUUGUUUAUAUAACAUAGAACUAUUUAAAAUUAUGGUUUUGAAAUAUAAAGCAAGUUUAUAUAACCGUAUUUUAAGUAAAUAUCUGAAAAAUCGAAAAAAAGAAAAAAAAUAUAAAUUAAAUUAUGUAAUGAGAAAAUAUAGAAUAAACGAAGAUGACACGAAAAAUGAUAUUGUACGAAAAAUAAAAGAAUUUAAUAAAAAAAAAAAAAAAUUUUAUUAUGACGAAUCAGAUUUGAAAUAUAAAAUUUUACACAGUUUAGAAAUUGUUAAUGAUAAAGUGCAAAAUUUCCUUACCUUUUUGGAUGACAAGAUAAAUAAUUUAAACAAUGUAACGAAUCACAAUAGCAAUAACGCUACAGAUGUACAGCUCGAAGGGAAAAUCGAAGGGAAAAUUGAAGGGAAAAUUGAAGGGAAAAUUGAAGGGAAAAUCGAAGGAAAAAUUGAAGGAAAAAUUGAAGGGAAAAUUGAAGGGAAAAUUGAAGGGAAAAUUGAAGUGGAAAAAGGGGCAGAUAAGAAAAUGUAUACAUCAAAUGUGGAAAAUAUAAAUCUUAUACAUUCUCUUCAUUUAUCGAAAGAAAUGGAUUGUAGCAAAAAUCAUCAAGUAGUGAAUGUGAAUAUGUAUAUAACUUAUAUUAACAAUAAGAUAAACCUCAUCAAUGACAACUUGAAUAAUCUAAUAAAGGAUCAGUAUAGCAUAAAUUACUUAAGCAAUGUGAUUAAAAUAAAAAUGAAUGUACGUAGCAUAAACACAAAUAUUAGCGAAGUCAAUCAUAGUAUAAAGGACAUGAUGAAUUAUGUUGAUGUAACAUCUAUGCUGAUGCAAGGAGGGAACAGUAGCAAUCGAACUGAUACCAUAGAGAAUAAUAAUGAUUCUGUCAAUUCCCGCAUUAAUAAUGUCAUUGAGGAACUUAUGAACAAUUUUCAUAUCAGCGAAAAUGAAUCGAAGAAGGAAGAAAAACAAUCGAAUGUUAUAAAGAGUAAUAAUAAUAAUAAUAAUAAUACAAAUGAAACAAAUGAUAAUAAUGCUGAUGUAGGGGAGGAAGAUGGGAUGCAUAAACGAGAAGAUUAUCGCGUUAGGGAUUACAUAAACUUUUUGGAAAAUGAUUUUAUUGAUGAUCCAAAUGAGUUGAAGAAUUUAUCCUAUAGAUAUACAAGUGAUAUGAAAUCUUUCAGCAUGUUUGAAUAUUUUAGGAAAAAUAAUAAGAAUGUUAUUAUAGCAUUACAAAGAAUAUUUAUUUGCAUGCAAAUGUAUUCUUUAAUUCUUUGUGCCAAGAAAGGUAAGCAAGAUUUCGAAAAAGAUCACUUUGACAAUUUUGACAAAAUGUUUUACAAGGAAAAGGGAAAUUUAGAUUUCACUACAACAGAAAGUGCAUCAAACAUAGGUAACUCUACAAGCAACACGAUGAAUUCUACAAGUAGUAGAAAAAGAAAGAAUUAUAAUGAUGAAAAUGAUAUAAAUGAUAAAUCAGAAGGAAGAAAGAAAUUGCACAAUAAGAAUAAUAAUACUUGUGUUAACAAUUCUGAGAAUGUUUUCAAUUCACAUCCGUUAUCCAGUUCAGUUGAAGAAAAUAAAUUAAAUCUGGAUAGCAAAGCCAGUGAUUUCGCGAAUCAUGGCAAUGCGGGCAUAAAUGGUGAGUUACCAUAUCCAAACAGGUAUAUACACACAGAUACAAAUGGUAAGAAUGAGAACGGUGGUGGUAAAGAUGGUGGUAAAGAUGGAGAUAAAGAUGGUGGUAAAGAUGGUGAUAAAGAUAGUGGUAAAGAUGGUGAUAAAGAUGGUGGUACAGAUGACUGUAACGAUCGAGAUAACCAUGUCUGUAACAACAAUAUUUAUGAAAACCUUGAUGACAAUCCAGAUGAGAAAGGUGCUUGCAAAGAAGAAAAUGAUAAUAAUGCACAUUUGAAAAAUUAUAACAAUUGUAGGAGCAGUAGUAACGACGAAUCGUAUGAGAAAGAUUCGAAAUAUUUCGCAAAUUUAGAAUUACAGAAAAAAAAUUGCUUAUAUUAUUAUAAAAAUAGUCUAUUUUACAGCACGCCAUAUUCUGAUGAUGAAUGCAAUUUAAUAUUAUCUGAAACAGAUUAUUCGAAAAAAGGAAAAGGAAAUAACAGCAGACGAAAAAUGAACAAUUCUGUUUUGAAUGUGUAUAACAAAAGCAACAAUUAUUUGCAUCUAUUCAAGCCACUAAUACCGAGUAUAAAAAUUUUACUUUUCAGCCUUAACAAGAUUUUGUUUAACCAAUACAGGUGCAACGAACCCAUCACACGAAUUCAUGAACAGCUGUUUAAACGCAUCGUAUGUGAUGUUGUCAAAGAUAAGGUCAAGUUGAAUAGAAAGAUUAAGAAGCUCAGGAAGAGGAUUGAGGAAUACAACAAUACUGUAGGUAAGGAAAGUGGAAAUGAAGGUAGUGGAAAUGCUGGUAACAACCAAACGGAGAACAACCAAGAAGAGAACAACCAAGAAGAGAACAACCAAACAGAGAACAAGCAAGAAGAGAGCAACCGAACGGACAGGAGUACAAAACGGAAAUUGGAAAAAAGGGAAAAUGACCUAAUGGAAGACCUGAAGGAUCUUAGAAUAUUUGAAAAGAUGUGUUACGAACUUUUCAAUCUGAAAAGCAAAACGGAGAGUGAAAAUGAUAGCAGCGAUAACAAAAUCGAUGUUAGUGAUUAUAGUGAUCGAACGAAUAUUAACAGUGAGGAUGAGAUCUACACAAAGUUUCAGAAAUAUUCCUCCAAGCAGUUGAACGAUGUUGAUGACAAUGAACAGGGCAACUCGGUUCAUUUGAGGAAAGGUGGUAACAUCAAAAUUGGUGAACAAGGCCAUCCGGAGGUGAAGCAGCAGACGGAUUUGAAGCAAAAGACAGAUUUGAAGCGACAUGCGGAAGAACAACGGUACAACAAUUUGGUGAAUGAAAGAAAGGUCACAUCAGCAGAAAACGAAAAUAAUUAUAGCAAGGAGAAGAAAAUGACACAUAAGAAUUACGAUAUAGGAAGGAAGAAGGGAGAUGUAAUAAAUUACAAAGAUGAAAAUGAUUCAUACGAGCAGAGCAAUAAUGAUAGUGAUCAUUAUGAUGAAAAUAAAGAAGAAGAUUUUUAUAAUAGUGGAAAGAAUAAAGAUUCAGAUAACUAUGAUAAUAAAGUAUGCAAAAAUAAGAGUAUUAAUUCAUUAAUUUAUAAUAUAAUAAAUAAAAAAAAAAUUAAUUUUUAUAAAAAUUAUAUUAUUUGUGAAAAGGAUAUAUACAAAACUAUAGAAAAAUCCUCCUUUACAGAAAUUCCUUAUGUUCUUUUUUUUUACAUGAACUGCUUUAAAAAUUUAAGACGUGGUGAACUGAUUGACAUUCCUUUAUACUUGGAUAUCUAUGAAGAUAUAGAGGAAGAAACAGAGAGAAGGUGCCAUCACAAUGGUAAAAGUGAUAUUACUGGUUCUCAUAACAAUGGUAGUAUUACUAGUGGAAGUGCAAGUGCAAGUGUAAGUGGUAACAAUAACUAUUGUAAGGAGGACAAAAGUAACUCCUUUUUUGGAAUAAAAAAGAAUGUGCAUGCAAAGAGAAAAAAUGAUGAAUAUAACGAAUAUAUAAUUACAUACCAUCUAUAUGCACUUAUAAUAUCAGAAAAUAGAGACAUAAACAACAAUGUAGGAAUUCCAAGUUAUAACAAACUGGGUGAUAUUGAAUUUAACUCAGGGAAUGAUUUCAACAAUGGUUCUUACUCUUAUUUAAUUUUAAGGCCGUAUAUAAAAGGACCGUGGUUUAAAAUUUAUAAAAAUAGAAUAAGUAAAUUAAGACAGACAUACGAAUUUAAUGAAUGGAAAUGUCAUAAAGACUUUUAUUGUUCUUGCUGUAUAUACGUAAGUGAUAAUUACUAUGACUUAAAUAAUCAGCUGUGCUUAAAACAGCUGAACAUCAAAAAUAUUAAUUUCCCCCUUUAUAUUCACACAUUGCGAGAGUUUGAUAUUGAAGAAAAAGAUAUCUUUGAUUUUAAUAAAAAUUCGAAAGACGAUUUGUAUUCCCAAUUUAAAGCUAAGGCCGAUGAAAAAAUGGAAGAUCAGUUGGUUUACGAGCUGAGGAAAAGGACUAUCCCUACAGAUGCAUCUGAACAAGAUGAAAAAAAAUUACAUGCAAACGAUGCUAUAAUGACUAUUAACAAGAAUGAGGAAAAAAGAAACAUCAAAACUAUCAAUGAUGAACAUGAGCCUUUAGAUGUACACACCGAAGGAGAAGCAAUACUAUCCCUUGAUCAAACAGAUCAAGAAAACAAAAGGAAAAAAGAAAAAACGAAUAGAAUUGAGGGAAGCACAACUGAAUUAAAAAUUCAAGAUGGAACAAAAAAUGAAUAUUUCAAAAGUGUAAAUAACGGAUCCUUAAUAAAUAACGGAUCUCUAAUAAAUAAUGAAAAUGUCGAAAUGAAAAAAAUUGCUGUAAGACAGGAAUCACAGUGCACAGAUCUCUCCUAUGCAGGUACAGAUUCGUACACAAGUACAAAAUGCUACCCCUUCAUAAGUAGUGAAAAAGAUUUAAUAUUAAACUCGUUGAAGGUACACCACAAAAUGAUGAUAAAUAUAAAGGAUGAAUUGUUUGAAGAUGUAAUUAAAAUUAAAAAUAACGAGAAUGCAUCGUACAACUACACAAUUAAUGACAAAGCCAAGAUGUGCAUUGUUCUGAACAAAAAUAGCAGCAAAUUGAAGCAGAAUAAACAUUUUUUCGAUUUGAAAAGGAUAGUGAAAAAUUACGAGAAAUUUGAUGAUAAUCAAAACUUAAAUUUGUUCAGUAACAAUUUAAGCGAAAUGAAUUUUGCACAUAACAUAUCUAGAGGACUGGUGAUAUCGAAGGGAUGUGCAGCAUUGGAUUUUCCUCAAGUGGUGGAUGUAGACGAAUCGAUGUCUGAUUUGCAUGCAGAAGAUCGCAAGAGUGGAAAAAACGAAAAGGGCGAAAAAGGUGAAAAAGGAGAAAAAGACCAAAAUGGUGAAAAAGGCAAAAAAAACGAGCUGUGCAAAUCCCGUGAGUGCAAAAACGAAUGGAUGGAAAAGGAUGAAAUGAAUCCCGAGAUGAUAACUGGAGAAGAAAUGAUCAAGAAUGGAGAAAAGGUAAACGCAACAAGGAAUAUGAAAAUAAACGUGCUGAAUGAUAUACAAAAAUCAAAGAAUAAAUACAGCAUAAAGAAAGAAUAUCGAAAUAGUCAUUUUGUAAAUUAUCAUAUAAAUAAUGGAAUGAUAAAUGCAAAUAAUAUAAAUUAUAUAAAGUGUUUUAGGCAGCUUCAGGACUUUUUUAAAAAUAUGAAUUUGAACAAUACAGAUUUUGUGAAUAGUAGUAACAUGAAAUUUCGUAUGAAUAAUCCAUUUAACAUCGAACUAAAUAAUAUAUUCUUUAAUUUUUUUAAGGAAAAAAUAAAUAUAAAUAAUACAAAAAGGAAUUAUUUCGAAAAUGAAGAAAAGUUGGAAUUACAUAGUUACUAUUUAAAAACAUGUCUCAAUAUUUUUAAAGCAUUUUUUCAUGAAUAUUUUUAUAUGAAUUUUACAAAUAAUUUAGAACUUAAAAAGAAAAAAAAAAAUGCAUACAAAAAUUUUUGUAUUGCCCUAUCAGAUAUUUUUUUUAACAACCUAAGUUUUAACACCGAUGAAGAUGAUGAAAAUUUUGAACAUUUGCAAGGUGGAAUAGCUAUAUAUGAAUUUUAUGAAAAUCGAUUUAAAAAGUUAAAAAUUAUGUUAAAGAAAAUUUUCAUGUACUUAAACAUUAUUUGUCGUAUUGUUAAAUUUAUCAAAUUGAAGAAGUUGUUAUUUAACGAAAAUUUCGACUUGCAUACUUGCAAAAUGCACGACAUCUUUUUUUUUAAUUACCUAUAUUUUUUUUAUAACAAAUAUUCCAAGAACUGUCAAACGAGGUAUAUCAAAAAGUUAUGUACGAGAUAUGCUAUUAAUAAACGUCAAAUCAUCACCAGCAUGAGAAGAAAAAUUAACACUGCCAAGGAUGAGGAUUUUUACUUUUUGGACAUCUACCAGCGCUUGUUCGAAGGAUCUGUGCAUGGAAGCACCUUGGGUUUUGGAACCUUGGAUGUAGAAAGCACCGAUGAUGAUGGUUCCAAUAGUGGGGGCGACACUACUGAUGAUAGAGAUGUCAUUGAUGAUAGAGGGGCCAAGGAUGAUAGAGGGGCCAAGGAUGAUAGAGAGACCAAGGAUGAUGAAGAAACCAAGGAUGAUGAAGAAACCAAGGAUGAUGAAGAAACCAAGGAUGAUGAAGGAAUUAAUGAUGGUUUCGAAUCGGUUAACGUGGGUUACCCAUAUAAGAACAAGAAAAGGAAGAACAAACUUGAUAGACUGAUGAACUUCUGCAAGUGCAUGUUGAGAGUAGAUAAGAAGAAGAGCUUUUUCGAACCCUCCAAACACAAAGUAGAUUGUGUAUUUCGAUAUUUAACAUCCACUCUGCACGAGGAUAUAGAAUUUCUAAAAAACAAAAAUAACGAUUUCAAUGAAAAGAUGAUUUACACAAAGAACGCAAACUUGGUUAAGGAGAAUAAAAUGGAAAAUUUGAACAACAACAGUAGUAACAUGAAUUUAGAUAUGGACAAGUUGUUAAAUUCGACAGAUGUGAAGAAUCCAAAACAAAUGGAAAUAUUCUUUUUAAAUUUAUUACAAAAAAAGAAAAAAACAUGUAUUUUAUGCUAUUGUGUGAGAAGAUAUUAUUUGAAAUUUCUAAAAAAGUUACAAAAAAAUUUGACAUUCGACGUGCUGGACAAGCAGAUCAAUUUCAUUUUUGAAAACAAUUAUUUGGAAAUCAUCAAUUUGUAUAAUAGAAGAAAGAACAGUAACGAUGAUGAUGAUGCCUUCAUGAGUAAUGGAAAUUCAUACAACAAUGGCAACAGCUGCAACAACAGCAACAACGGCAGCAACGGCAGCAACGGCAGCAACUACAACAACCAUCAUAACACGAACAGCUUUCAUAAAGGAUGUAAAUGCGUAAGUAUAUUUAAUUACAUAAACAUUGGUGAUAUUGAAGCAUGCAUUAUUUAUUUAUUACAGAGCAUGUGGAAAUAUUACCUUUGUGAAAUUCUGUCUAUUCCAAAUGAGUUAGAGCAAUUUUAUGACAAUUUAUCGAAAAAACAUAAAAGAAAAAAAUACAAAAAUUCAAAAGAUGAAAAAAGUUGGAAUUUCAUUAAACAUUUAAAGGAAGAAAAAACUAAUAAUAUUAUAAAUAAAUAUCUCUCCAAUAAUGAAGACAAUAAUGACAUAUCUACAAAUGAAGAUAGCAAUGAUGAAAAACUUGUUUAUAAUAAUUUGUUGCUUUCAAAUUUCCAGUUUAUAGACAUUAGUACAAUUAAGAAGAAUAUCUCAGGUAAUCGUGGGCGAGCUUCAGAACUUAUGAAUAAUACAAAUUUUAUGGGGACAAGCAACCACACCGCUGGUAAUAGUAAUCAGAUAGGAAGUAAUAACAAUGUAAGCAGUGACACAUGCUCAAACAGUGGGCAACGCAGAAACAAGAAUCAGAAAAGUUCUCCUAAAAAGAAUAACGACACAUUUGUAGAAAAUAACAAACCUCAGGAGAAUGAAAAAUUUACUUCUGAUUUUUACACCAUUGAUUUGAAUGUUCUUAAGGAAGAAGAAAUUAGUUCUUACAUGAAAAUGCACAAUGGUACUCUAUCCUUACUGAAAGUAUUACAACAAAAAUUGGAUAAUAGGAAACUUAAGAAAUUACUUAAACUGUUUAAUCUUAGAGGAAUUAAAUGGAAGGGAGGAUCCAGACUACAUGGAAGAAGUAUCAUAGUGACGAAUGAGAUUGUCCAGCUUGAUAACAAAGCAAAGGAAAGUAGCAGCAACAGAGUGAAGGAGGAGGAGGAGGUAAGUGCGAAAGAUACCCACAAAAAGAGUGAAAAAAAGGAGCAGAUGCAUAGCCAUAAUGAGAAAACAGGGGAGAAAAACCCAAAUAAUGAUCAACUAGGUCAAGCGAAUCAAGGAGAAGUGGAAAAGGUAAUCCAUAAUCAUGACAUUGUGAAGGCCAAAUCUGGAGAAACCAAGUCUGGAGAGAUAAAAUCAGGAGAGAUAAAAUCUGGAGAGACAAAAUCUGGAGAGACAAAAUCUGGAGAAACCAAAUCUGGAGAAGCCAAAUCUGGAGAAGCCAAAUCGAAGGGAGGAAAAGGCAAAACAACAAAUGUUGUGGAAAAGAAUUUUGAACAGAGCGUGGGAGAGACAAAUGUAGAUGAAAAUUUCAUUUCCAAUUUUUACGUAAAUCUAAAAUUGUUAAAAGAUAAGCUAGAUAAUAAUUAUGGAGAGAAAAACAACAGCGUGAAGGGUAACGACACGAUGCAAGAAAAUACCCUGACGAGUGCAAUACAUAAAGUUAGCGAAACGAUGAAAAAGUAUAAUAUAAAUAACAUUAAUGAAAUAAAAAGUGUUUUAGUGAAGAACGGGUAUGAUAUAAGAAAAUGUUACAACGGAAUUGAUUUGAUUUUUUUGUUUUUAUCAAAAAUUAAAGGAGUAAAUGUAAGUUUUCUUAAUGGAAAUAAUUUUAUUAAUAAUAGAAAUGUAUACGAAAUAUUGCUACACAAUUUUAGGAAAAUAAAUUAUGUCCAAAUUGAAAAAGAUUUUUAUUCUCUUGAUUUUAUAUUAACAAAUUUUGAGUAUAUAGACGAGACAUACAUAUAUCAGAGAUAUAAAUCCUUUUUUUAUUUUACGGAUCUUCUUUUCACUGUUCAAAAUGUUAUUGAUGACAAUUCAGAUAUAACACAAGAUUUAUUUACACCCUUUUUUGACGUUUUAAAUAAUUUAUUUUGUUACGGUAUUGGCUUAGUAGAUAAUUUUAGUGAAAAUAGUAAAGAAGUUAUAAAAAUUAGCAGUUUGGAAUACUUUCUAGAAAAACUUCAUAAAUGUAUAGGCUCCUUAUACAUAAUUGAUAAAAAUUUUGAAUGUAAAAAAGAGUUAUUUUCAUUUAUUCAGUAUAAUACCUUUUUUUGGCAUCUUUUGUAUAAGCAGUACAAUCUAUUUUUGACAUAUUAUGACACGAAGAAUCACUGUAACAUUUUUAACGUUUUCCUCUUUCACUUUUUUAAUUACGUCUUUGAAUUCCCAUUAGAUAAUUUUUUCAAAAUAGAUAAUGAAUUAACUGAAAAAAAGGAGCUACUAACAAUUAAAUUGUUUAAAAAAUUUUCCUUUCUAAAAAGAGAGGAAAAAUUUCUCUUCUCACUUAUUUUGAGAUUUCUUUUACAAGAACAAAACCAUUUCUACAGUUACUAUUACAGCACAGAAUUGUCUCUCUUUAUUUUCAAUGCCAUUAUUUCAAUGAACAAUUUUAGCUUCAACUUGGAUCAUCCAUACAUCUUUUCUAGAGGAUUUACACGCUUGAAUGAUUAUCAAGAUUUUGUAAAAAAAGUUAAACAAUUGAAGAGUGAUAUAUUAAGUGGUGAAAAAUGUGUAGAACAAAGCACAGAGCGAAUGUCUGAAAUACAGAAGAACGAAUCGAACGUGCAGAACGAGCCAAAUGAAUCAAAGGAAAUGCAUGUAGAAACGAGAGAUGAAACUCCAAAAGGAAAGAAAUAUUUUGAAAAUUUUUGCCUGAAUGAAGAGAAUUUAAUCCCAUUAAUGUUGAACAAAGAAAAGGAACUGCUGAAUCUGAACUGCAUUUUCAAUAUAGAAGUGACAGAUAAAUCUAUAUACUUUAACAACACCAUAAAUAUGUUGAAUUUCAUUUUGAAAGAUUAUAAAAAGAAUAAAUUUGUUAACUAUGCCAAUUCAAAUGUGAAUAACAAGUUGUUUUAUUUGUCUUACAAUUAUCCAAUUAUUAACUUGAACCCUGAAUAUAACGAUCUUCUAACCGUUUACCUAAGUGCUAUAUAUAAUCAUAAUGAAAAUUUAAGAAAUAUAAAUAACUUGCUCUGCAUAUAUAGUAACUCCUUCUACAAUUUUCACAACUUAUUCUUAUUUUUGAACAAGAAAAAUGACCUUUUUUACUCUCUAUUCAAGCUUCGAUUCAAAGCUGAUCAGGCAAAGGAGAUGCAAAACUUUUUUUACAAUUUUCAGAGAACAUCAUCCAUAAAGCAUGACAUGGGAAAAGUGGGAAAAAUGGGUGAAAAACCAAUAGUGGAGAAUGUGAACCCCAUUGCAGGAAAUUAUGAAUUGGCUGUACACAAUUGUGUGAGUGAAAUAUUUUACAUAUACGAUGAAAUUAUAUAUGAUGUGAACGAAACAACAAAUAUAGAUUACUAUUUUCGAGAAAGAAAAGCUUAUCUACAUUUUGUACAGGAUAAGAACAUUAGUUAUUAUGAAGAGAGAGAAAAUUUGCUAUAUGAAUUGAACGGCAAAGAAAGAAAUGAAAUUAAUAAGAAUAUAGAAAAACGGAUUAAUGAGGUACUAAGAAAUGAGUUAAAAAAUAUAAACAUUAAUCGAAAUGAUACAAAUAAGGAUGCUAUAAACAAUACAAAGGAAAAUUGCAAUGUGAUGAAAAAUAAAAAUACCAAUAAAAGAAAGAAAAAUGAAAAAAAUGAAAAUUAUUUACAUGAACCUGAAUUAGAAAGAGAUAUAAUGAAUAUUAAAUUUACCAAAAAGGAAUUCAUAGGAAAAAAUUUGCCAUCCUUUUUUUAUUUCCGUUCAUUAAUGUAUAACAACAAAAGUGCUGUCAAUACAGAAUCAGAUAUUACUCGAACAACAAAUUGUGUUUCUUCAAAUGUACCAAAGAAAUAUUUUUUCAUUUCUCUACUGUUCAACAUUGACUUUUAUAACAUUAGAGGAAUGCAUAUAGAAAAUAAAUUAAUUUCAGAUAGGACCCUGAUGAUUAAUAAAGUAUUGAAAGAUAACAAAGGAAGAUUAUUAAAUGUUAAAGUUUUUCACCUGUACAAUAUUUUUUCCAAAAUUAUAGAAUUACACUAUGAGGUAAAGAAAAAUAAUAAAAUUGAAGACAAAUUUAUAAAUGGACUUGAUUACAAAACAGAUGAAGAUUUUUAUUACAAAGUCAAGAUGAAUCCAUCCUACUUCUUCCUAUUAUAUGCUAUUAAAAAAGACUAUGACAAGAAAAAUAAAAACAAAUUAAUUUUUAUGAAUGUUAAUUCUGAUGUUGAAAUUUAUGUCGAGGAUAAGAAAGACGCCACAUACAAAUUUGACCUGAACAUUCUCCUCAUUCCAAUUUCGUCUCAGAUAGUCCUUAGCAAAUACAAUGGGAAUAUCAACCUCUUUAAUGAUAACGACUAUCCCUUGAUAACAUUUAAAUUCUUGACAUCUACCUAUGAUUUAGUCUGCAUAGGAAUGAUAAUAUGCUACUCGAAACUGCUUCUGCAAGAUUACAUCCUUAACUGGUUCAUCCCCAAAAUCAAGGAACGCAAAUUAAUAAAAGAAAAUGUCGAAAUAAAACUUGAAGAAAUAAACGUAUACGAAGAGUCCGAGUUGUAUUGUUUAGAAAAAAUCAGGAAAUUCUCAUGCAGCAUAAAGAAAUUGCUUAAAAAGUAUAAUAACACCAUAGUUAUACAAUUUAAAAAAAAUCAUAACAUGAACAAUGUUCAUAUAAAAUGCAUAGAAUAUCCAAAGUUAAACAAAACAAAUUUCUGCUCCAGUUGUAGAAGUAAUUACAUAUGCUUAUGCGAAAAAAUUCAAAAAGAAGAGUUAAGAAAAAAAAUGAAUUAUAUAAAAGAGCAGGAAAAAUUGAUUAGUACUAUUAGAAAUAAUUCCGAAAUGAAUCUUGCGCAUCUUAUAGGAGAAGACAUGAAUCGAAAAAAAAAUGUAACCCCACACGCACGUAGUAGUGAUAAUUCUCAAAAGAUUGUGCAACAAGACAGAUUAGGAAGUAGUGGAGGGGUUAUUAGAGCUAUAAAUGGUGCUUCUUCUACUGGUGCUUCUGCUGGUGCUUCUACUGGCACUGCUUCUGGCACUGCUUCUGGCACUGCUACAGGAAAGGAGGGAACCAUGGCAACAGAUGAAUUCGACUGGAAUGAUGAAUUAAUGCAAAAACUGUACCAAAAUAAGGAUCUAAUGAACGAAUUAAGUGUGCUGGAGAAUUCCUAUCGAUCAACGAAUAGCUCAGUGUUGUCUGUUUCGAGUGAUAACAUUUCCAACUUCUCAGGGGAUGAUAACCGUAUUUUAGAUGAAAUGGAAAAUACCACCAUUAUAUUUAACAAUGCAUUAUAUGAAGAUGAAGAUAUAUUGUGUAAUGAAAAAAAAAUUUUGGAUAAAAAUUCUGGAGAAUAUCAUCAUCAUAAUCAUCAUCCGUAUAUAAAUUCUAUUGACAGGUUUAAAGGAAAAAAAGAAAAGGAUAGUAUUAUUACCCAUGCUUCUGGAACAGUAUGUGGCACUACUUGUAGAAAUAGUGUAUAUGGAACUAGCUCGAGUGAUACAUCUAUCCAUUUGAACGUGCAUAAAAAUAACGGGAAAAAUGAUAUUGAAGAAGUUCUAUUAAUCGAAUUUGACAAAUUAAGCAAAGAACAUGUUAAGAAUGUGUAUAAUAUACAAAAAUGUUUCGAAAAGAACACAGAAAAUGUAUAUAACAAAAUAAUGAAUGAAUUAUCCAAAAAAAAGGAAGUAAAUAAGAAAUUAAAAGGAGAAGAGGAGAAGAAUACUAGCAAAGAAAAUGCAAAAGCUGCAGAAGUUGGUGGAACUUCACGAAGUUCUAACUUGAAUAAUGAAAACAAAUUAAAAAAUAAAACAGAUGAUGGAAAGGAAAAAAAAGUACGUAACAUUGAUUCCCAACAUGUACAUAAUACCCAAAGUGCUCAACACAAAUCAAUUCAAUCGUCGAAACUAGAAGUGAAUAAUGAAUCAAAGACAUUCAUCGAAUCUGUAUCAAAGAAAUCGGAGCAGAGAAAUGCUAAAAAGGUGAAUCCAUCAGAUUCUUCGUUUCAAAUGGAUAACAAUAGCAAACGUUCGCUUACAACUUCUAAAAUGGGUGACAUUUCACAUCCACAGAAGGAAAAGAACGAGGUUGGGAAGAGCAAAGGGGAUGGUGGUAAAAGGGAUAAUAAUAGCAACAAUAGUAGCAACAAUAGUAGCAACAACAAUAGCAACAACAAUAGCAACAACAAUAGCAACAACAAUAGCAACAGUAAUAGCAACAAUAACAGUAGUAAGGACCCGCAUGAUAAUGGCAAUGUGGAUAAUUUGAGCCGGAAGAAAAACGAGAAGAUCCAACAAAAAAAAACCAAUAUAAAAGACAUUGCACAUGACGCUGAGGCACAGACAGAAAUGGAAAAGACGGGACAAGCCGAUGAACAACAUAGCAUAAAAAAGGGUACCCAAAAUCAGAAGAAAAAUGAAAAUAAAAAUGGCAAAAAGAAAGGACAACGAGGAAGUGGUCACAUCAAGGUAGUAGAGAGUACUUCCAUUAAGGAAAAUGGAAAAAUGCCACAAAAAUCAGAAAUGAAUAAUAGCGAAAAGAAUGCAGGAAAGCAAAGCGGAAUUGGAAACAAGAACCGGAAUGAAGUAGAAGCAGGAGUAGAAGCAGGGGUAGAAGCAGGAGUAGAAGCAGGAGUAGAAGCAGGAGUAGAAGCAGGGGUAGAAGCAGGAGUAGAAGCAGGAGUAGAAGCAGGCCUAGAAGGGGAUAAGAAAAAGGAGAGAAUAAAAAAGGUGAACGAAAAUAAUCAGCAAAUUAAAGAAAAAAAGAAGAAAGGAAACAGUCAGAUUUAUGGUGAGGAGGAAAAAAAGAAGACCAGCGUGGAGGAAGGGUCAAAACAAGUGGAUUCCAAAAAGGAGGAACCGAAAAAGGGCGAAUCACCAAUUAAAGAUCCUCAGAAUAUUGAGGCACAAAACAAUGAAGAUGUUAUUAACAACUAUUUUUGUAAAAAUAUUACAGAUCAAAUUGACAAAAAGGACAAGAUGGAAAGCAUCACAUCAUAUUUGUAUAAUGAACUGAUCGAAAUAACGAAGAAAAAAUUAAAAAAAAAUGUAAUACGAAUGGAAAACUUGCUAUCAGAGAACUACUUAACUGUAGGUGAAGAAUUCCUCAAUGCCAUGAACCAAUUGAUGAUUAAGUUAUAUAACAAGUUUGGAACAGAGGAAAAUUCGAAAAGAUAUGUAUCAACUGGUGGUGUUAGUAUAAGUACCACAUCUAGUGCUAUGAAAAUAAGCAAAGGAGGAGGAGCAGCACCUAACGCAUUAACAAUAUCACACAGCAAGCACAUCGAAAAUGAUAAACACGGAAUGACUAUUUUGAAUGAAUUGAACAGAGGAGAAGGAAAUGAAAUGAAUCCAUCAACCAAGUUCAAUCUGUACGAUAAUGAAAAUUUGAUAAAAUUCAUAAACAUGUUAAAGAGAAAAAUUAUUUAUAAAAUUCUCUUUCCAGAUAAUCCAAGUGACAAAAGCAAAGCAAGAAAUAAAAAAAAUAUUAAAAAAAAAAAGCAAGUGGACAUUAAGUACAUAUAUGAUAUAUUCAAAAGGGAGUACACAUUUUAUGAUAAAAUAUUAAUACUAAUACAACACAUAUUAGAUAUAAAUAUAAGAACAAACAUUUUCUUAUUUGUAUACCUCUUUGCUGGUAAUUAUUUUUCUCUUCUUGAUUUAGAUUAUAUUCUUAACAACAUUAUUUACUUCAAUGAUUAUGUUUACUAUAAUAAGGUAAAUUUUGAGGAAGCGCAAUUCUUACGACUUGAAAGCCAUGGCUCUGUUAGUGUAACGACAGAAUCGGUAGCAGAAGCAGGAGGAGGAGGAAGAAGAAGAGCUCUAGUUCCAGAUAAUCUAGUGGGUAAUUCACGCCUGAUAGAUGUAACGAAGGGAAGAAAUGAUGAAGAAAAAGUAAAACAAUUACAGCAGACAAAUUCCAAUAUUAGAAUUCCUAAUGGAAAUGUAAAGACUGAAUUGGUCGCUGAUGUAGAUAAUAAUAAUAAUAGUGUGCAAACUGGUAGGAAGGGAAAGAAAAAGAAGAGAAAAAAUGCAGGAAACAAUGGAAUAUUAGAAGAUGCUGAAGGUGACGAAGAAGAACAGGAGGAUGAUGAAGAAGAAGAAGAAGAAGAGGAAGAAGAGGAAGACUUGGAUGAAGAUGGAGAGAAAAAGAAAAAAAAAAAAAAUAUUCAAGAUGAUACAGGUGAAGAAGAUGUACUAGUCAAUAUAAACAUUAGUAAAAUAAUUUAUAUAUUAAUUCUUAUUAGCAAUAAGAAAAUUUUAAAUGAAUUGAUGGAACAUAAAUCAUCUUUAAAACAUAUUAACGCAAAUUAUUUAAUCGAAAUGAAUAAAAAAUACUAUCAGCAGUUAAACGCUGAAUAUGUACAAAUAAUGAAAGAAAGCUACUUAAAAGACUUGACUGAAAAUUAUGAAAAGGAUAUUGGCUUUUUUGAAAAUCUCAGUAUUGAUGAGUUUGUAAGCAAGGACUCAUUAUUAUCACUCAUGGUUCGAACAUCAUCAAUUGGUGGUGUGGGUCAGACAGUAGCAGUAGGAGCACGAGGUGCAGGCAAAGAAAAAUUUGGAAAAAACGAAGAAGAUGCAUGUCGCACCAAAAUGCAAAGGCAUCAUGUCGAUAAGAAAAAAUACGACGUUGGAGAAAGCAAAAAAGAAAUAUUAACAGAUAUAGAAUUGACGACAAUAGCAGCAAUGAAUGAAAACGAUCCAAUGCAUGAAAGUGCCUUGAAGAGAUAUAUAAAUAUGCACAAUAUUAUUAAAUUUAAGCUAAAUUUUAACAUUGCAGUAAAGAAAAUUAAUUGCUUAAAAGAGUGUGCACCAUCAUCUGCCUCUUCUUUCUAUUCGUUAGUAUUCAAAUAUAACAGUGAUUUGAUAAAUGAAAUGCACAAUCGUAGCAAUUCCCCGACGACAUCAGCACAGAAGCGUUUCCAUCUUAAUUACAUUGGUGCUUAUGAAUCAAGAAACAGUGAACAAAACAAUGAACAAAACAAUGAACAAAACAAUGAACAAAACAAUGAACGAAACAAUGAACGAAACAGUGAAAGAAACAAUGAAAGAAACAAUGAACGAAAUAGUGAACAGUUGACGUGUGCUGCACCGAUUCAUGAUUCUCUAAUUUCGAAUGCUCUUAUUAGUAAUAGCAAAGACCUCAAGGUGAGUCCCAUUGAUAUUGGAAAAAUGAAAGAAAUAUACGAUACUUUUGUGGCACAUAAUGGAAAAACAAACAUUAUAAAAGAUAUAUACGUUAGAAAUGUCGAAAUUAAUCAUCUACUCAUGAAUACAUACAUGGAUAAGACGAACUGUUUGAAUUUGUACCCAACAAGCGCUACUGGUAUGUCUAAAAAUAUUCUUAGCAGUACUAAGAAAUGCCAUCAUGCAGAAAAACUAGAUACAGUAAUAACAAAUUCUAAAGAUUUAAAAGUAAAUAUUACAAAAGUGGUAGGAUUAACAAAUGAUGAUUCUCAGAGUGAGAAUACAAUCGGAGGAAUCAGUAAUAUCUACGAUAAAAGAGGAGUAGCUGGGGGAAAUUUGCUGAAGAAUUCCUAUCCCUUGUUAUAUGAUCAAUCUCCAUCUAGAAAAAAUAGUGGAAGUGUGAAAAAUUCAGCGACACAAAUUGAGGCAACAAUAACAACUGUAGGUAAUGCACCCAUCACAGCGACUACAACUAUUAAAGGAAAAAAAUCUGGAAUGAUAGAGAGUGUGAAAAAUAUUACUUUAAGCACAAACCAAAUGGAUGUUCAAAUGGAAGAUGGAAAAUUAAGAGAUAUAUCAAUGAAUGUUAAGGGUGGCAAAGGAGGAGGAGUAGGAGCUGCGACGCAAAUUAUAGUAGGAGGACAUAUUAUAACAAUGAAGGAUGGUACAAAUGUUUGUAUGAACAAUGAUAACGAUCUAAAUAAUACUUCUUCGAUUUUAACAAACGCAGGAAAUAUUGGUAAUGGCUCGGGGGUCGUAACUGGAGGAGGUAGUAGUAUGCAGGGCAUAAAUAACAACAGUGGCAAAUAUACAAAGAAAAAUAAAUUUAAAAGAAUAUACAAUAAAGACAUUCCAUAUAUAUGCAAUGAAGGGAAAACCUGGAUGGUCAUUUACAAACCUGCUUACUAUCAUUGUUCAGCUUAUACAUCACAUAAUAGAUAUAACUUCUUAGUGAAUAUUAAUAAAUAUAGUGAUUAUUUUUACAAUAUUUUGGAGAAAAUCUGUAUAAAGUGUAAGAUAAAAACAAAAUUUAUGUGUGUUCCUUGUAAGGACAUGGAGAAUAUAUGUAACAAGUGUGAAAAUAUAGUUGCAAAAUUUUGUAAGAAAUGUAAUUUAUUAAUUAAAAAAAACCGAGAUGUAUUAAAAAUUAUUAACAGCAUAUCGUUAAACGAUGUUAUAUAUAGUGGUAGAGUUGAAUCAUUUCAUUUAUAUAUGAUGAAAUCUUUUCCACAUUUGGAGACUGUAAAAAAAUGGCAUAAAUUGGAAUGUGGAUUAUGUCACCGAAUUGAUUUGGAAACAUCAGGAAGUUUAAUUAUUGCAAAAACAAAGGAUGCACGAGAUUUUCUAUUUGAUCAAUUUAGAAAGAGAAAUGUAUAUAAAGAAUAUAUACUACUCUGUCAUGGAAGAAUUAAAAAGAAAAAAGGGUUUAUUAAUAAAUCUAUUCAAACGCAUGAAUAUAAUAACUUCCAUAGUAAAAGUCACUUUAGUCUGGUUGUAAAAACUGGUGGUACGGAUGCAUAUACAGAAUAUAAUUGUGUCAAAAUUUUUAAACUUAAGAGACACAUUGAGGAUAUUGUUAAGGAAAUAUUAGAUGGAAAAUACAACUGUAAUAGUACAGUUAAGAAAGACAUAAACAAAGAAAUAUAUUGCAAUGAUUAUUAUAAAUUUUUGGAUGAAGCUAAAAAGAACACUGUUAAUAUUGCACAUAGAUAUUUUGUCCUGAAGAAAGUUCCCAACUCCCGCAGACCUACAGAAAAAAAUUACACAUCUACCAACCGAAAUGUGUGCAACAUGGGUAGUCUUUAUGGAACUGCCCAGUAUGAUCCACAAGAGCUGAAGCAUGAUGAUACUGCUGAUAAUGAUUAUGCUGAUAAUGGUGAUGUAGAUAGUGAUGAUGCUGAUAGUGAUGAUGCUGGUAAUGAUGAGUACUGCUCCUUCUUACAGAGAAGCAGUUAUAACGUAAUUAUGAACUACCAUUCAGAUUCGCUUGUUACAGAACGUAGGAAAAAGAAAAUGAAAAAAAUGAAAUCAAAGAAGGUUUCAAAACAUAGAAAACAAAGGUAUGAAAAGGAGAAAAUUAAUAACAAAUGUAAAGAAGAACAAGUACAAGAGCAACAAGAACAAAUGAAGAACAUAGAAAGCGAGGAAUACACCUCAGAGGAUGACCUCUAUGACGAUAAACUUUCCAAGAAAGAAAUAUUAUUGAAAAAGUUAAAUAUGUCAAAACUGAACAAUAAUAAAAAGUAUGAGAACAGACAUGGAUACCCUGCUAUCAAAAGAAAUGUAUGUCAUCACCUCUGUUUUAGAUGCAAUUCCAUAGCAGAAGAAUAUUUUUAUACAGAUCCUAAAGAAAUAGAAAAUUACACAAAAGAGUUUACCCUUUGUAAUGUUAAAAUUCAUACUGGUAGAACACAUCAAAUACGUGUUCAUAUGAGACAUAUAGGUCAUCCAUUGGUAUCAGAUAAGAAGUACCUCAACCCCUCACUAAGUAAUCUAGAUAAAUAUUGGUGCUUUAGAAUGUUUUUACACUCCGUCAUCUUAGAAUUCAACAAUCCGGAUUACUAUUUUUAUAAUGUAACGGAAGAUUUAAAAAGAAAAAAAAAAACAUACUCAACCAGUGUUACUACCACUAAUGCUGGCAGUGCUGCUAGUGGUAGCAAUAACAACCUCGUAUUUAAAAUUCCAGACAGAACUGUCAAGGCAAUAUGCCCACUAGCAUCCGAUUUGCAAACUGUACUAGACAGUGAAUUGGAAGUAGCAGAUAAUUUGGAAGAUGAAAAUAGCUACAUCAAUAGAAUUCUUAAAAUGAACAUUAAUGAUAAAAGAAAUCAGGCUAUGAAAAAUGCAAAGUCCUUUGCCUGCGAAGAAACAAGCAAAAUGGACACGGCCAAAACACAAGAAACAAAAAUUGCACAUGCACGGGCAGAAAGUGCACCUAAUGGAAGGGUGGCAAAACAUGAACUUGUUAAUGAAGUGAAAGAUGCAAAUGAUCGUAAAGACAUGAAAAUUGCAAAGGAUGGUAAAGACGUGAAAGGUGCAAAGGAUGGUAAAGACGUGAAAGAUGCAAAGGAUGGUAAAGACGUUAAUGACUCAAGGGAACAGCUGGGUGGCGAGGCGAAAGAAGAAUACAAUGAAUGUGAUGAUAGAGAUGAGUAUGAUGACCUUGAGGAUCUAGAUGAACUUGGAGAAUUAGAUGAUGAAGAAGAGGAAGAUGACAUAUCAGAUGACACCGUGGAGGAUGUAGAGGAUGAUGACGAGGAUGCUGAUGAAGAUGCUGAUGAAGAUGCAGAGGACGAUGCAGAGGAAGAGGACGAGUAUAUUGAUGAUAACAGGGAAUCUGAAGACGUUGAUGCAGAUGAUGAUGAGGAGGAAGAGCGAAGAGAAGGAGAGUGCACAAGUUAUGCCCAAGGAGGUGUUAGAAUAAAAGGAGGAAAAUUUUCACAGGAUGGUCUAUAUGUAUACAACAAGAACAUGGAAAGUGCUCAUGAAAGUGUAGAGACUCCAAUGAGCCAAGGAGCUAAUGAAUAUAUGUCACCCAAAAAAAGAGGAGUUAAAAGAGAAGAAAGUGAACAGAAACAGCAGGAGCAGCAGGGGCAGGCAGACUCAUCGCCAAAUAAUAAGAUGAACCCAGCGAAUAAACCUAAAAGCAGUAAAGAAAAAAGAAAAUUCGCCUCCGCUGGAGCAGGUACAAGUAUGGAUGAGACAUCGAUCUUAGAUUCGGAUAAAGAAUGGAAUAAAAAAACAGAAAAAGAGGUUGGAGGAAAGCGACGAAUUAGUGAUCCGUUGUUAUUGUGCAUGAAUAAAACACUGUUCAAAUUUCAUCAUAACGAGUUUUUCCACAUGAAUAAUAUUGCAUCUAGCGUAGAAAUUAAGGAUAGAACAAAUUACAACAAUGAUGAAAAUAUUAGAUCCAUGGCAGCAGAAGAAGGGAAGAAAAAUGAUGUUCACAAAAGAAAGGAUGAAGAAAUAUAUGGAAAGCUAAGCACAGAUUUUAUCUUUCUAGUGAGAGAAACUAAACUUGUAAUCGAUAAUAUUAUACGAAGUAGUUUUAUUUAUAAGGUAUAUUUUUAUUUUUCAAAAUUGAGAAAAACCUUAUUUUAUAUUUUGAGUGCUUUUGGAAAGGAAUCAUUGAUAAAGAAAAAAAAGAACUACGUUGAGAUAAAUUUAACGCAGGAAAUGUUUAAACAUGUAAGCGCACACAUGGAUAGAAGAGUCCCAGUGAAAUUUCUGUAUGAAUUAAUCAAUUGCUUUUCCUAUCUAUUCAAGAAGAAUUUACACGUGAAAAAACAUAACGGAGAUAUCAUUGUAUAUGCUUUGAAGAAGCACUUGAAAUUUGUACAAGUCGGGGUAAAUACGUCGACCAGAACUGUUAGCUCGCCAAUCAUUGAUUCAAAACCCCGUGAUAAUAGCGAUGCACAAGGAGUGAAGGACACACAAGGAGCGAAGGACACACAAGGAGCGAAGGACACACAAGGAGCGAAGGACACACAAAGAGCGAAGGACACACAAAGAGCGAAGGACACACAAGGAGAGAAGGACGCACAAAGAGCGAAGGACGCACAAAGAGCGAAGGACGCACAAGGAAUUGCACUUUCACAUUUCCACAACAUUUUAUACAACCUGAACUAUGCUCUGAAUCAACAAGGAAUUAAUACGUGCCAAAAAUUGAGAACUCAAAUACUGGGGAGUACAAAAAGUGUAUACCUGAAAAUAACGAACAUAUUUACAAUAAUUAUGAAGAAUUUGAAUGCACAAAUAUAUCUUAGAGAUGAUUUUGAAAUUAUGAAUUUUAUAAAAAAUAAAAAAAUGUUCAAGUUGAAUACCAUUGAACAGUUUUUCUUAUUAUAUAAAUUUUAUGAAGAAAAAGAAGAACUAACUGAUCGUAAAUUAUUAUCAAAAAAAAAAAACAAUGUGAAGACAAAAAUGAGGAAUAAGGAAAUAGAAAGUGAUAUUAUGAAGCAAAUCAAAAAAAUAUUUUUUAAAGUUCAUAAGCGAGAGAUGGAAGUGAUGCAAAAUAUGGAAGUGAUGCAAAAUAUGGAAGUGAUGCAAAAUAUGGAAGUGAUGCAAGAUAUGAAAGUGAUGCAAGAUAUGAAAGUGAUGCAAGAUAUGAAAGUGAUGCAAGAUAUGAAAGUGAUGCAAGAUAUGAAAGUGAUGCAAGAUAUGAAAGUGACGCAAGAUAUGGAAGUGACGCAAGCGAUGCAAGAGAAAAGAAACUUUGGAAACAUUUUUUUUAAAGCGAAUAAAAAGGAGUACCAGGAUUAUCACCCCAGAAAUAAUGAUGUUGAUGACAAUGGCGAUGCGUUGUAUUAUCCCCAUGAGAGAAGAGAAAUCUUACACUUUGAAAAAACAGAUGAACACAACGAAAUUAUUAGGAGUCUAAAGGAACAAGAAAAUAAAGAAGAAAAUGAUCAAGUCAUAGUUAGAAGUAUUGUCGAUGGCUAUAGAAGAAGGGGGUUUGGCAUCAUGGAAGAAGAGGAAGAUGAACAACGAGAAGGAGGAGUAAUCCAUAUGGAUCGUGAUUCUCAUGGGAGUGGGAGGCGUGGAAUUUUCCAGAAUAGAGAUAAAUCCAGUGCAUUAACAGAAAAUGUUGAUUACUUUGGCCAUGUGGGAAAUGUGGAAGGCAUAGAAAAUUUACACAAGGUGGAAUUGGAGAAGUUGGAAUUGGAGAAGUUGGAAUUGGAGAAGUUAGAAUUGGAGAAGUUAGAAUUGGAGAAGUUAGAAUUGGAGAAGUUAGGGAAAUUACAGAAACUACAGAAUAUGCAAAAGGUGCAAAAUUUACACAACCAGGAGAACCUGAAAAACAUAAAUAGAACUAGAAACAUAAAAAAUCAGAUGCAAGGUAUGGAGUACCUUUUACGCAUGGAGGCAGAAAGAACCGCGAUGUAUGACAAUAACAUUUCCCUCUUUGAUGAUGAGAAUAAAAGAGCUAAUGAGAUUUUGAAAAUGAGUAGUUUCAGCAGAAUUAUUAGCAGCAGCAAUAAUUUACCCUUGGAAACGCGCAGCGCGCACAGUAAUUACCUGCACACAUCUAUCGAUUCUAUGAAAAACAAAUUCGAAAUGUUGAAAAACAUGGAUGAAGAAACCGUGAGAGAAGUCCAGAAGCUGGUAUUUAUGGGCAGGGAAAAGAACAUGAAUGUUGCGUUGCAUUUAGCUCUAAAUAAGCACCUUGACAAGAAUAGCAGCAAUAAUAUUAUUAUUAGUGGUAAUAACAACAAUGCUACUAUGGCAACUACUAUUGGCACCAGUACAAACAAUAAUGAUAACAAUCUCUUGCAUGAAGAACUACUAACGAACAGGCACCUGUUAACAUAUUCGAACAGCAUACAAUCGAGUGGUUUAAUGAGCAAGAUCUACCCUAAUCAAAGAAGAAUCUCCUUUAUAGAUGCAACAGAUGGAGGAAAAAAUGAGAGAGAAAAUAAAACAACAUUCUUUAACUUUGGUGAAAACAGGAAUAUGUUUACGAGUGGAGGAGGAGGGGGAUCAAGUAAACAUGUCCCUUUCAUGGAUAAUAUUAAUAGCAAUAGUCAUAGUAAUAGCAAUAACAAUAGUAAUAGCAAUAGUAAUAGCAAUAGUAAUGGCAAUAGUAAUAGCAAUAGUAACAGGAAAGUUAUGCCCAGGGAAUUUCUGGUUGGAGAAGGAAAAUUUGGCAUAAACGACAAUAUCAAUGGUAUGCGUGAAAUGGACAUAAUGAAUCGAAGAGGACGCAUGAACAAUGCCAUGCAGAUGUGUCAGAAGGAAGAGAAUGGAGUGGAAGUGAAUGUUGUGGAAGAGAAUGUUGUGGAAGAGAAUGCAAUGGAAGAGGAAGAAAACGAGUACAAGAAAUUCAUCAAAGAGAUAGAAAAUAUCAAAAUGGAGACUAGAAAAUGCAUAGAGAAUUAUGAAAAAGAAAUGAUAGAAAUAAAAAAACGAAAAAAUGAAAUAAAAUAUAUUAAAGAAACAAAAAGAGAUGAAGAAAUAAAUCAAAAAUUUGCAGAUGUGAAUGUAUCAAAUUUUUCCCUACUGUUAUUGAACGCAUUCCAAGUAUAUGGAUUAAAUAUGGUGAUAAAACUGUUAGUGUAUGAAAAUGAAAUGAUCAUUCCACAAUUUAAUGAAAUUAAAAAAACAGAUGAAACAACGACAAAUAUUGAAUUUUUUAUUAACCUAUCUGUUGAUAAAAUAUUUGAUUAUUUAUUAUUAAAAAAUAUUAUAAGUAAUAAUAAUAUAAAAAAAUUAAAAGAAAAAUUCAUACAAGGACAAAGUACUUUUGAAGCUGUUAAAAAAGAUGCCAAUAAUCUCAUUAAGGAAAAUAUAAAGGAACAUAAUUUUAUUUACAUUUUAUGGAAAAACAAUUCUCCAGUUUAUGAUAUAUAUGAAAGAAAACAAAUUAUUUAUAAUUUUCUAAUCAUUAUCAUCGAUAAAAUCAUUCAAAGAUACAUCAUUAAUGAAUAUAUCAUGAUUAGACGAAAUGAUAUUUAUGAAAAUAUGCUUAGAGUUCUCAAUCAAAGUGCAGAAAUUCUUAACAAUAAAGAAAAACCACAUUCAACUUUACACUUUUCGGAUAAUCUCAGCAGUAGUAGUAAUAUCUUAGAUUAUGGUUAUGUUCGAGAAGGCGGAGGCCUAUACAACAAUUUUGAAAAAUGUGAAACAACCAAAAUUGGAAAAGGAAUAUUUAACUCAGAAAAUUUUGUUCCGGGAUCUGCAAUGGCAACUGAUUUUAGUGAUACACUUGGGGCAAAUAACAACACACGUAAUAGUGGUGCAUUAACUCAUAGGAGGAUGGCGAAGGGUUGUUACCAAAACAAUAUUUCCACUUUCAUGAACUUGGAUCAAGAAAGACGAAACAAUAUAUUUGAACAAAGCAACAUUAUGAAAGAAGAACGUGGUAAUUACACAGAUGUGCAAUAUCCACUCAUCCCACAAGAAGAUCACAUGAAAGGAGGAAUACUAGAAAAUGGAAACCUUUACACCACCAGUUUCAACAAGUUCCACGAUAUGUAUGGUAAGUUGAAUUACACCAACGAUGCAGUACCUGUAGGUGAUAUAGAUAGCUCUAAUGUCAUGCCCAGUGUAAACCAUGUUGGAGAUAUGAACGCGGAUGCUAGUAUGGACAUUCUUGGCAGCAUAAACAAGCUGAACAUCCAACGGAGCGGAAGAAAUCUUCCCCUCUUUGAGAAAAACAGAAUACUGAAAAAUAGAUCAUACAACGAGAACAACGCCGUGCAGAUGAAGAACAAGCAUAUGAACGAAAUAUAUGGAAUCCAAAAUUACAAAAGCAAUUCAUUCAGCACGAAUAAUCUGAAUGUUCAUCAACAACUUCUACCCAUUAAUCAGUUGGGAUCAGUAGAUGAUGUUAAUACACACACGAGUGGCCAAAGUGGUGGAGGAGGAGGAGGUCAUACUAAUACCAAUGUGCAUCUCAACUGUAAUUAUGAGCAUGAGGAAUCUCCGAACCUUUUAAAAAUUUCUCCAUCAAGCGAGAACAUAUCAAGAGAUCUUAACAUAAGUAGUGGUACCAGUAUGAACAAAGGCUAUUAUAAUAAUAUCGAUUAUUUUGAUAAGAUAUACUGGAACAGCAGCAAAACACGCAUUUGCUAUCUUGACAUGGAGAAAAAGAGUGCACAAAAGAAAAGUGAAAAUGAAGAAGAAGAAGUACAACAACAACAACAACAGCAGCAACAGAAGCAACAGAAGCAGCAACAAAAACAAGCCAUGGCGUCAUCUCCAUCCAACUACCCAAACAGCAACAAUAUCAAUAGCACAGCUGCUAAUGUAUAUGUGCGAAAUAACCAAAGUGUGAAAACCAAUAAUUUUUCCUUUUUAGAGGAUUUUAAAGCCUCCAUACAACAUUUUAUAAAUAAUAAAAAUGAUAAGGAAAGCUUUGAAAAAGAAAAAGAAAAUGAGAAAGAAAAUGAGAAGGAAAAAGAGAAGGAAAAAGAGAAGGAAAAUAGAAAACUGCUCCUUGAACAGCAGCAGCGUAAGAGGAUGCAGAUAAAUGAAUGUAGUAGUAAUGUUGACGAAAAUGAAAAAAGCAAAAAAAUGAACUUUUAUGACAAUUUUAUGAAUUUUUCUUCUUCAUAUGAUAACAAAAUUGGAAAUAUGAUCCUGCCGAAUGAAGGAAAAAUUGAAUUCACAAAUGUUUUGCAAAACAUAGGUUGUGAGGAUGAGGAGGAGGAGAAGAAGAAGGAGGGAAAGGAUGGCGAAGAUAGUAAUUAUGACAGGAGAAAACAGAAAAAUAGAGAGAAAAAAAAGAAAAAGGAAUAUAAUCAUGAUGAUAUCCAUGCGGAUGACAAUGCAGUAUCUCUGGCUAACAACACGAGCUCUUUCCAGAAAAACUUUGGAAACACCACUCCGGAAAUAUUUUACAACAACUUGAGCAGAAUGAAGGAUGAAAAGAACGAUCCUGCGAUUGCUAUGAACGAUCCUGCGAUUGCUAUGAACGAAGCUGCAGUUGCUAUGAACGAUGCUCCAAUUUACAAUGUCGAAUGUGUAAAUAAAAAUAGAAAUGUGAGUCCCAGCUGCAGCAGCAGUAACAAUAGUAGAACGAGUUCCCCAGUUAUAGAGAAUGCCAAUAUGAAUAAUAUAUAUAGCAGCAAAACAAAAGGAAAUUUUGAAAACAAAUAUCAUGCAUUGUAUAACAACAUGGCAGAUAAUUUUAUGCACCACAACAUUGAGAUAAAUAAGAAGAAUAUUAUGAUGCAUUAUGAGUGUAAGGAAAUAUUUAACAACACAACACCAAACAUGAACCGCAUGGAAAGCAACAAACGAAGAGUUCACGAUUUUUUCAUGAACAGUAAUAGCUGUGUGUCUAAUUUUAUGAACGAACCCAACUGUCCUCCACCCCCACCACCCUCAUCUUCAUCUUCUACUUACAACAUCAACAUGAGUACAAAGAGUGCUAACAUUAAUAGUAUCAGCUGUGGUAGUGGCAAUAACAAUAAGAGUAACAAUAAUAACAACAGUAACAGCAAUAGUUUAACCCAUUUGGAAAAAAAUGCACAAGACACUGAUACAGGAAAAACAACAAAUGCAUUGCUCUUUAAGAAGUUGACUAGCUUCGGGCAAUUGAGUGGCGAUAUUUGUACAUACCCUGAUUUUUCAAUGAGAGAAGAUAUGUCUGUUGCACACUAUCCUGUCGACAACACCAUUGGAGGAGGAAGGAGGGAGGGGACUAGCAUGUCAGAUCUGAAGUUUCAAAAUGUAUUCAAGAACAAGAAUUUUGCAUGCACCACGGCAGAAGCAGCAGCUGGAGCAGCUAUAGCAGCAGAUCAAGCUAAAAGUAUGAGCGAAUCAAACAUCAUAAGUAUGAUAGAAGAACUUAAUGGCAAAAAUUCUUAUAAUCGAAAGAAUAACAUCGGCCCAGGCACCAUUGGAAUUGACAACAUUGGCAUAGACAACAUAGGUAGUGGAAGCGAUGAUCACUCGAGGGAUUCCUUUUUCUUAGGAACUAAUGGAAUAAUGAUGAAUAUGAAUAAUUCAGGUAGAAGAGCUGUUGUUGAGCCCAAAUAUAACAUGGUGAAAAUGGACAGCAGCAGCAUGGACGUUGAAUCACACGAUAAUGGAAAGGUUGGAAGUGAGAACAUGAAUGUUUACCCCACCGUGUACUACAAAAAUCAGUAUGACAACAAGCUGAAUUCGGUGUUUUUCAAAAAAUACCACAACACAAAUUCAUUUUUCAACAUUGAGGAGAGAAAAGAAGAGAUGAGAAAAAUGAACACGAACAUUAAUAUGAACUUUAUUGGAAGUAGUAACCCAAUUGACAGCAAUCGCAGGGGAAAUGGAAACAGCUUGCAUGAGCUAAUGAACAGCACGAAUAGUCCUGGAGAACGCAAAAAAGAGAUGAUUUUUUUAAACAAUACAUAUGAAAUAAACUCAAGUUACGCUGGAAACACAAAUAGUGAAAUUACAAGAAGUAACUUUUCAAAUUCGUCUCACACAGCCAUGAGAAAUUUCUCCAAAGAUCAUGAAACAGCAUAUAACAGUGGUGCUGGUGUGAAUCGUCCCGGCAGCAGUAACAUGCUGAUGGAGCACACCAACUCGAUGAGUUCUAACUACUUUAAUAAGGUGUAUGCAAAUAUAGAUUUGGCUAAUAAGUUUAAAGAGUUCGAUGAAAGGCAGCAAAAUUUAAUUUACAAUUUAAUUAAACAAAGGAAUGAACAGUUAGGUAGUAGUAGUAGUAGUAGUUGUUGUAGCAAUAAUAAUAAUAACAAAGGUAGUGGAGGUGCUAACUGCAGUAAUAACGAGAAUAAGAAUGUGGACAUUAAAAGUUAUAUCAUGAGUAAAAACAGUGUUGGGAAUGGAAACUUCACAGCAUCAGAAAAUAGAGAAAAAAAAAACAUAGACGAAAAAAAGCAGAUGAACACGAUGAAUGGAGGAGGAGGUUAUAAUAAUCACAUCCCAUGUUAUAGAAACGUGUCGCUAAGUAGGAGCAGUGAAAUGGAAAAUGACAUUGACAAGAUGGAAAACAGAAUAAAACAAGAAUAUUUAAGACUGAGCAAUGUUAUUUCGAAGAAUCCCGUUUUUACUGAAGUGAAUAACACUACUCGUAAUGUUAGUUAUAACGAUGACAAUGAUGACAAUGAUGACAAUGAUGACAAUGAUGACAAUGAUGAUAAUGAUGACAAUAAUAAUAAUAAUAGUGAAAGUAAAUAUGACAAUCACUACAACAAUAACAAUCAUUGCAGUGACAUUAAGAAUAGUACAAACAUGAACGUGGACAAUAGUGCUUUAUCACUGUACUUGAACAAUAGACAUAAAAUAUAUAACUCACGAGAGAACGCCAUGUCACCAGAGGACCCUCAAAGCAGUAGUAAUAACAGUCUUAAUAUUCACACCCUUCGUUACAUAGAUGAAGGUCUAUUGGUUAAUCAAGUUGAUGAGAAUUACAAUCAAUGUAAUGACAAUAGCCAUAGUAGCAGAAGUGGUAGUAGUAAUAGUCGCAUAAGUAGAAGUAGUAAUUGUAGAUUCUACCCUACAGCAAUGCAGCGCAAAGCAGAAAGAGGAAUAAACAGAAGUGCAAGUAGUGGUAGGAGGAAGGGGGAGGAAUUUACAAAUGUAGCUCCAAAUAAUACCAUCGCACGCACACUCAUUGAUGACAAUUCAAUCAAAGCAAAGGGAAAUAUAAGAAUAACAAAUGAUAGUAGUAGUAAUAGUCAUUAUGCAGGAUCCAUUCGCUCCAAAAAACCGAACACCAGUGCCGACAAGCAUAAGAAACCAAGUGAGAAUAUAACGACAGGAAACAUUGUUGGAAUUAAGAGUAGCGCUGCUAAGAGCAGCCGUUGCAAGAGCGCAGGUGGUGGUAAGAGUAGAGGUGGUAAGAGUAGUGGUGGUAAGAACAGUGGGAGUAAGAAUAGUGGGGGUAAGAACCGUGGUGCAGACAAGGGUAAUAAUAAUGAGAACAUCAUGGGCUGA